AAUGGUUAAACAAACUAAAUACACCAGGAGUGUCUCUAGUGCAGACCUGGGCAUUGUACGGCCCGCGGGCCGCAUCCGGCCCUUUGCGCAUCCCUGUCCGGCCCGCGUGAGGCCUAUCAUAAAUUACAAAAUACAUUUAAAAAAGUAUCUAUGUCGAGUGUGCAAUACAACAGUGCUGCUUUUGUUUUGAAAAGCGUUAUUUGUAUUACUUCCGUGUGGACGUAUGCGCGUGUGCGAUUGUGAGUGAAUUGAACGGCGCAAUUACAAAUUACAAAAUAAAGUUUAAAAAACAUCUAUGUCGUGCGCGCAAUACAACUGUGCUGCUUUUAUUUUGAAAUGUGUUAUUUAUGCCGUAUGUCCGGAGGGAACCUGUGAGGGAAGGUGCAUAGAGACAAGUGAUGAGACGCUAAAAAAAGAAAAGUUGAUGAGGAAUGGCGUGUUUCCAACAAGAGAUGGACUGCCAAGUAUUUCUUUACAUAAAUUAAUGGUAAAGCCGUGUGCUUAAUGUGUGGUACACAGGUUGCUGUGUUUAAAUAUCAUUUUAAUCGCCACUACACGAAGAAACACGAGGGAAAAUACCGGGAUGUGUCUGAUGAAGCGCGCGCAAGGGAGGCUGAUGCGUUGAUGGUAAAACUGCAAACCCAACAAGGACUUUGUGCCAUAUUUCACACCCCCAGAGAUGCAGCCGUCAGGACAAGUUUCGUCAUUUCUCACAAAAGCGCCAGAAAAAGUAAGGCGUUUUCUGACGGAGAGUUUAUUAAGGAGUGCUUAUUGGACUUUGUUGCGCUGAUAAUGCCCGGAGACAGGACUGUUUUUCGCUAACUUUGGAUGAGAGCUCUGAUGCAGUCAAUUAAAGAGACAACCACAGCAGUGGCGGUUACGAGGCAGAGCCAGCCUGCGAGGAGCUGGUAGAGUGCGAGUCUCAUCUCCUUUGAGGUCCGCUGUGGAAGCUCCAGGACGGGGCGAGGAUGCACUGUAGGAGCCGGGGUGGAACCAUCCCUCCCUCGGGAGAACAGCUUACCUCUCCAAGAAAAAAGAGACAGAUGGCUCCUUCUUUUGUGGUCGUUGAGUUCCUUGGUGAACAUUCAGUCGCUGUUGUCCCAACCAAAUGGACAGAAGAUGAUGGAAAGAAUACCUUCUGCUAUUGGCCAAGGCCAAAUCCUACCCACUCCAGAAUCCGGAAAGCUGAGAUUCCUGACAAACAAUUCUGGGAGAGGCUGCCAAUUCGGGUUUUCAGGAAAACAUUGACUGAAGACUUUGACAAGGUCCUUCAAUACGAAAAACAAGCUGAAAUGUUUUCGAGCCCAGAAGAAGAAGUGUUGACCAAACGGAGCCACAUCACCCCUGAACGUUAUAGAAACGAUGAGGAAGUUGUGUUUGAUGCUGACGAUGAAGAGGAAAUUCGGCCAAAAAAGAAGUGCAGAAAAGAGAAAACACAGAUCUUCGUCCAGGCACCCCCACUGCCAGAGCUCCCAACCUUUAACUUUCCCAUCUCCAGCGAGUACCAGACCACUUCAGCCAGUACCAGCCAACACCAGACCACUCCAAGGCAUCCAGGCCGACCUCACAGCCCAGCGAGAAGCAGCACUUCCAGGCUCAGUCCAGACAGGAAUGCAUCCAGCUCAAGCCAGUACCAGACCGCUCAAGCCAGUACCAGACCACUCCAGCCAGUACGAGUCAGUACCAGACCGCUCCAAGAAGCAGCAGGAAUGCCCUUGACAGUGAACUUUUCCAGUUGAACAUGAAAGUUCAAAAUAUACUUGAGAACCAGGGAGAAAUUAUGCGCAUGCUGAGAGGGCUGGCAGCACAGUCUGUGGGGCCAGAAUCUGUGGAUGUUCAAGAUCUCAUUGAUAAGCC